CUCAAUACUUUAAGAGAAAUUUUUAUCAGCUAAAAAAAUUCAAAAUUAUAAUUUAAUACAUAUUAAAAUUUAAAGAAUAAAAAUCCUAAUUAACCUCUAUAUAAUUGAUUUUGCUGGCACUAUAGUCUAACCUACAAAUUAAGAGGAGGUGGUGUGUGAAUUGGGAGUUAUAAACAUGUAGAAAGUAUUCCCAUUGUUAUCCACACUCCAUCCAUCCAUGUAAUUUGUUUUUGUUAUGUACUUAUCUGUAACUACCAUCCUACUAAAAUUCCCCAAAUUGUUUUAAUUUUUCCAAAUCAAAAUGACCUAAUAAAGUCAUUAUCAAAAAAAAAAAAUGACCUAAUAAGGUCAAAAUAGUUGGAAUUUAUAACUACUUUUUUCUAACCUUAUUGAGAGACAGGUCACAGGUGUAUUUUCCAUCAGUCCACAAAAUUCUCACCAAAGCUUAACGUGCUUCUGCCUUUGAGCCAUUCAAUCAUGGGCUCACAAAACCCAAACCCGAACCCGGUUCCGGCCAUAGACCCGAAAAGCGGGUUCUGUUCAGAGACUAGAACCUACCACAGUCUCAGACCCAACAUCUCACUACCACCCGAAACGACGCCGUUUUCCAUCGUCGAUUACCUCUUCUCCCACCUCCACUCCUCGCAUCCUCCGCCGUCUUCCACUCCAGCUCUCAUCGACGCCGCCAACGGUCGCCGCAUUCUCUUCACCGAUUUCACACGACGAGUACGGACCUUAGCUUUCUCUCUCCAAACUCGUCUCGGGAUCUCCUCCGGAGACACCGCCUUCGUUCUCUCUCCUAACUCGCUCCAUAUUCCGAUUCUCUACUACUCCUUGCUCUCUCUCGGCGUCGUUGUUUCUCCGGCCAAUCCAGCCAGCACGACGGCUGAGAUUUCCCGCCAAAUUCAGCUAUGUAAACCGAUGGUCGCAUUCGCCACCGCAGAAACCGCAGGGAAGGUAUCCUCUCUCCGAUUAGACACCGUAUUAAUCGACUCGGACGAGUUCGAAUCCAUGAUGACGAGUGAGAUCGGUGAGUUGCGUCGAGUUGAGGUGAACCAGUCGGAUACGGCUACGAUUCUUUACUCGUCGGGGACCACGGGGUUAGUCAAAGGAGUGGAGUUGACUCACCGUAAUUGGAUAUCGGUGGUGGCCGGAGCAUUAUCUGAUCGGCGGGAUAGAGCGGCGCCGGCGAUUGUGUUGUGUUGUGUUCCUUUCUUUCACGUGUACGGGUUCGCUUACUGCUUGAGGACAAUUGGACAAGGUGACACGUUAGUGACGAUGGGGACAGGAAGGUUUGAUCUGAACCAUAUGUUGAGAACGAUCGGAGGGCUGAGGGUGAGCCAUGUGGCAUUGGCUCCGCCGGUAGUUGCAGCUGUCGUGAAGCGUGAGAUUGAAAGGGAGGGCUAUGAUUUGAGCUCUCUUGAAGCCAUUGCUUGUGGCGGCGCUCCGCUGCCCAGAAGUAUUAUUGAACAGUUGAGAAAACAGUUGCCCAACGUCCAAUUGGUCCAGGCAUAUGGGCUAACGGAGUCAACUGGGCGAGUGUUUGCAACAGUGGGAUUGAAAGAGAGCAGAGUAGAAGGAGCAACGGGAAAGCUUGUGUCGAAUUUCAUAGCCAAAAUUGUGGACCCUGAAAAUGGGACUGCCAUUGGUCUACCUCCAUUAACAACUGGAGAGCUUUGGCUUAAAGGGCCAUUUGUAAUGAAGGGUUAUGUUGGAGACAAUGAAGCAACCGCUGCAGUUGUGGAUCCAGAAGGAUGGCUCAAAACUGGAGACCUUUGCUACAUUGACAAUGAAGGCUAUCUCUUUAUUGUAGAUCGACUUAAAGAAUUAAUCAAAUACAAGGGCUAUCAGGUUGCCCCAGCUGAAUUGGAGCAUCUGCUUCAUUCACAUCCAGAUGUAAUUGAUGCAGCUGUUGUUCCGUACCCUGACGACGAAGCUGGUCAACUUCCUAUGGCCUUUGUGGUCAAACGCCCUGGAAGUGCUGCUGAUGAGUCACUAAUCAUGGACUACAUCAAGGAAAAGGUUGCUCCGUACAAGAGGAUAAGAAAGUUGAGGUUCAUUGAUUCAAUACCAAGGAAUGCACAGGGAAAGGUGUUAAGGAGGAAUUUAAUCAAACUUGCAUCAUCAUCAUCACCUCCCACUUCGAAGUUAUAAUUUGUUCUUGAUGCUACAUUCUCUUAUUGUACUUUAGAGAUAUAGUCUCUCCAACUAAAAUCUUAAAGCUAUUCUACAAUUCCCUUAUUAGAGGGUCACACGAUCAAUGAGCUUCCGAUGUAUUGUGCUUCAGAUUAUAAAGCAUUUCAUCAAAUUAUAUAGAAGAGAUAUAUCUGUAUAUUUGAAAAGGUAAAUGAUCAAAAAAAGUUGUGCAACAA